AUGACAUCUCACGCGGUUGCCGAGGGCGGUGUAGGCAAGGCUGCUCAGCCUAGUGGAGCCGAAAUGGUUUCGGUCGAGGAGAAGAGAGAGGUCUCUAGUGAGAAGCAGAUUGAGGAUGUCGACACGAAUGACCACAAUCUCCACUACGAUGAAGUCGACGAAGAGCCAGAGCUUCACGCGAGAACCUACAUUGCCCUGUUUUCCAUGUUCCUGUUGAAUAUGGUCCAAGUUGUGGCUUUGCAAGGCCCUCCGGCCGUGCUCAACUUCAUUGGCGAUAGCCUCAACAACUCCAAAACCCAAACAUGGGUCCCCAACAGUCUUUCGCUUGUGCAAGCAGUUCUGGGACCUGUCAUUUCUCUCACCUCGGACACCUUCCAAGCUCGGAAGAGCAUCCUCGUGGGCUCGUCCCUCAUCUCGCUCAUCGGAGCUGCCAUUGCUCCGGGCUCAGGCAACAUCUACAGACUGAUCGUGGCCCAAACCUUGAUUGGCUUUGGCUUCGCAGCAGUACCGCUUGCAUAUUGCGUUCCUAGUGAGAUCUUGCCGAGGAAAUGGCGCCCGAUGGCUCAGGCAUUCAUGAACGUGGCCGCGGCUCUGGGUGCUAUUAUGGGGCCCAUGGCUAUCGGUGCCCUGACGAAACACAACCCAAAGGACGGAUGGCGCAGAUUCUACUGGAUCCAAGUCGGCCUUUGGGGAGCGACGGCUGCAGGCAUCUUUGUGGGAUAUAGACCACCCAAGAGACACACCAGGCUCGACCACCUCUCUUUCUGGCAGAAACUAGGCCAUAUCGACAUUCCCGGCUGCUGUCUCCUUACUGCCGGCUUGUCUCUGUUCCUAACUGGCCUGAACCUGGGAGGUAAUCUGUACCCGUGGACAAACUCGCGGACAUUGGUGACUCUUGUUGUGGGCAUUGCCAUCCUCAUCGCUUUCGGUAUCUACGAGUGGAAAGGCACCAAGACCGGAAUCAUGAAUCACACCCUUUUCCGUGGUGGUAAUGCGGCAGGUCGCACAUUUGCGAUUUGUGUUGGCUUGAUCUUCAUUGAGGGCAUCAUGCUGUUCUCAUACAUUGUCUUCUAUCCGGUUCUGACAACGUCGCUCUUCGAGACGGAUCCAUUGCUACUCGUGUCUCGAGAAAUGCCCUUUUGGGUUGCCGGCGGAAUUUCCACCGUGAUCUGGGGGUAUGCCAGUACUCGAUUCCGCACAAUUCGCGAACCGCUGCUUUUGGGGUUUCUGAUCUUCACGGGCGCAAUCAUCGGCUGGACUACCAUCCAACCCAAGGACAGCACCACCGCUGUCGUGAUGAGCGGCCUCGCGGGAUUUGGGUUCGGGGCACCACUCAUCCUGAUCAUUGCGGGUGUCCAGCUCUCCACGCCACACAGUCUGAUAGCAACGGCAACCGCCGUGACGACCUCGUCUCGAGCGGUAGCAGCCACAGUCUUCACCGCCAUAUACGCUGCGGCAUUGAACACUCGACUCGGCACCAACAUCCCCCACGGCGUCGGCGGAGCGGUCGCCAAAGCCGGCCUGCCAGCCAGUUCGAUCCCGAGUUUCGUCGAAGCUCUGGCCGCGGGUAAAACGGACGCCCUUGCCAGCAUCCCAGGUGUGACUCCCGCCAUCAUCGCCGCUGGCGUGACGGCCCUGAAGCAAGCGUUGGCGGAUUCCAUCCGCGUCGUGUACAUUAUCGCCGCGCCGUUUGGGGCGCUGGCCUGUAUUAUGUGCUUGUUCCUGGGUGAUUUGCGCAAGACGAUGAAUUACGUCGUUGAUGCGCCAGUGGAGGAUCUGCAUGCGAAGAAGCAUCAUCACCAUCAUCAGGACCAGCACGCGGCUUAA